UCCAUUUUUUCCCCUCUUUUUCAAAAACCUGCUCUCUACGCGCAGAACGCACAAAACCUAGAAAAUAGAAACUCUUCUCGAGGUUCAACACUGAACAAUGGCGUUGUUUCCUUAAGGCUAAUAGCCAACUCCUUUAUUCUCUUCCAUAUACUUUUCUGCUGCUCGCUGCAGUCCUUGAUAAACUCGCAUUUCUGCAAGUGGCCUCUUUGCUCGUGUUAUGGAAAGGAGAAGAUCCGAUGGAGGUGUCGUUUCCUCCGAGUUCGUCAAUGGUGAAAGCCCUCUACGCUCUGCCACACCGACGCUGCAGCCAAACUACAACAGCAAGGAUGUCCAGGUGCUACUUUCCCCCCUUUUCUGCUUCAUUGCUCAGGAAGUAUUGAAACACUUGGCAUCAAUUGAUCUUAUUGAAUUGUGCAAUGAAGCAAAAAUUGAGCGCUGUCGAGCAACUAGAGACUUGGGGAGAUGUGGGCGCUAUGUGCAUCAUGUGUUAAAUUCAUGUAGGCAUGCCUCACUGUGUGCUGAAUGUAGUCAGCGGUGUGAUCUAUGCCCAAUUUGUAGAAUUCCAAUACCAAAGACUGGAAACAGAAUCAGUCAUCGUCUUUACUAUGAAUGCAUGGAGGCUGGUCUUAUCUCAAAAAAAUAUGAUGACAGAUUCCAAGAGAAAGAAGAUGGGGAGAAGCAGUUGACAGCUGACAUCCAACGGCUUUAUUGCCUGUUUGAUGUUGCCAUGGAGAACAACUUGGUUUCUUUGAUCUGCCACUAUGUUACAGAUGUCUGUAUGGAUGAAAGUGCUGUGUCUAGUAACCCCGUGGUUGCUUUUCUGCUGGAUGAAGUAGUUGUUAAAGAUUGGUGCAGACGGACAUUUGACAAUAUCAUUUCAGAUCUUAGGGGAAUUUAUACUCUUGAAGUAGAAGGGAUGAGAACAAGACUGGGUUUACUACUAAGGUUUUCAGGGCAUCUCUCUGGUAUCUCCACUGUGCUUGAGGUUUUGGAAUCAUCUUUUAGGGGAACUCUUUCUGCACAGCUUAAUGACUUGCACCACCUUCAAGAGAAUGUAUUAAAAGCAAAGCAGCAUUUGGAGAUCAUGAUUUGGUGUAUAAAACAUCAGUUUCUUGAGAGCGUUAAGUCACGUUAUUCUAAUUUCACUUCAUGGUGCACUCACGUUCGUGAAAGGAAGUCAGCUGCAAUCAGGCGUGCAUGGCCUGACAUGAUUAAUAGUUCUCAAGAGUCUACCCAGCAAGAUGGGUCCACCCUCUUCAUUGAAGAUGCAAUAUCAAACCUUGAGAUAGAACAAGGUUAUGGGCAAGCCAUGGGAGAUGGACUAGAAGUUACAUCCUUGCAGAAGGAUGUAAGUUCAUUGUCAAUCUUCAGGUCUAGGAUGGGAGCUGUGGGAUGCUAUCCAUUUGAAAAUUUGCGGGCUGCUACUGACAUGCUGUUUUUAUAUGGAAGUUCUGAUAUGGUAGUUGCAAAACGUGCAAUUUUCUUGUAUUACUUGUUUGAUUGGCAUUGGACAAUGCCUGAUGAAAAGUGGAGAUAUGUUAUAGAUGAUUUUGCUGCUACAUUUGGUAUAACCAGGCACUCUCUACUAGAAUCGUUAACAUUCUAUCUUCUGGAUGAUCAUACAGAUGAGGCAUUGCAGGAAGCUUGUCGUCUUCUUCCAGAAAUUGCAAGCCCUGUAACACAUCCAAAGAUCUCCCAAGUUUUGCUAGAAAGGCAAAAUCCUGAAGCAGCUCUGAUGGUUUUACGGUGGUCUGGGCGUGAUGGGCUGUCUGGUUAUGCUAAUACUGAGCAUGGUGAACCGCAACCGGUCACCCUUCGUGAGGCUGUGACAGCAGUUCGGGUGAGAGUUGAGUGUGGACUGUUGACUGAAUCCUUUAUGUACCAGAGGACACAUUGCAUGAAGGUGAAGGAAGAUAAUUUGAAGCACGGAUCUUCCCGGGCCCUAUCAGAUGGAUUAAAUGGUCAAUAUGUGAGUUGGGUGGACCAGAUGGAAGCUUUGGUCACAGAAAUUUGUUGUCUAUGCAUCCGACGAAACCUAGUUGAUCGAAUGAUAGAAUUACCUUGGAAUUCUGACGAGGAGAAGUAUCUCCACAAGUGUCUCUUAGACUAUGCCACUGAAGAUCCUUCAACCACAAUUGGAAGUCUACUUGUUGUGUUUUAUCUUCAGCGCUAUCGAUACAUUGAGGCAUGUCAAGUUGAUCAUAAACUUCAGACUUUGGAGCAAGAUUUCACCUCAAAGACACCUAUCAGUGAGCUGGCUGCAUCCAGAAUUAAAUCAAUCAGUCACUGGAGAACAGGAUUGGUGAAUAAAUGCAUAGAGUUGCUCCCAGAAGUACAUAGGCAACAAAUUAUCAGUGGAAACUUGGAUGUUUGCUGCCUUCCUGCCGCUAAGGAUGUUGAAACUUGUGCAAAAUCUCUCAAGAUACAGCAGCCAGCUUCCACCAAUUUUCUGCUUCCAAUGUCAAGUGAUCCUUCAGUUCUCCAGAUGGAUCAUACAACUCCUUACAAGAAAACUUCAUUGUUUGACACUCCAGCUAAAUUGGUUGGAUCUGCCAGAAAUUCCCAAUUUGAACGUGGUAACUUCUACUCUCCAUCCAUUCUCCCUGCAAGGUAUCUCACCUCUGUUGCAGGUGGUCCUUCUAGUCCUCACAACAGGGACAAUUUGACCUCAAGUUACGUUUCCACCAGAGAGCGGAGAUCUCUAAUUGGCAUGAGGCAAAACUUUAAACGGGAUGAUGCUUCAAGUCCUGAAAGUCAUCUGGUUAGUCCUCAGAAUAGUACACCCCUGAAAGUAGGCAAAGGUUCAACCAAGAUGCUCCAGAGUAGUUACUUUGGAGACAAUCGACUUGAGAAAGUCUCCCCAGGAAUGGAACAAAACGGGUUUGUUAGCCAAGCGGAGAAGAAUAAUCCUCUAUAUUCUUUCAGGGAUCCUAUUGAUCCAAUCACUACACGAAACAGCAACAAUCGUUUUUUAAAAGAUUCCCUUCAAGAUUGGGACCCAACUGUCUCUGGUAGGCCUGCCCAAUCAGAUAAGCCUUGGAAAGCCAUUUCCGCAGAAGAUCCAAUGGAUGUAUCUUGGAGCCAUGAAAACAGGGACUCCCCUAUUGAGGUUAUGGAUGCAGAUAAUGGGCUAAGAUGGAGAUCCGAUGAAACCAGUGAGGAUGAUGAUGAGCCAACUCCUCAAAGAGUUGUUGGCAAAGCUUCCUCUGUGACUCCUGCUAGGCGAACAAGAAGAAGCAGGUUUACCAGAAGAUGAUAGGUGCAUAUCUACAACUAUGUCUUGUAAAAUUCCCUGUAUACCUUGGGGUUUUGGUCUAAAUUACCAGAAGUCUUGUUGUAAGUGGAGGAAAUGCAUGAACUCGAUUACGAAUGGGUCAAGAAUGGAGAACCUAACAAGCGGUGGGAUGUCUUUUGCAAGGAUCGGCGGGGGAUUAUGUUGUUGAAAUUUCUGACUGAUUUUCAUGGAUUGGGCACAAUAAUUGAUCCCCCACGGACUUUUUAGGCUAUUAUGGGUUAGCAGAUACAGAUGAUUUGGGUUUGUGAAUCCUUGAGAAAAUUGUAAUUUUGAUGGGUGUCUCUUUCCCCUCCCCUUCGUUAAUUUUCACCCAUUAUAAAUGUAAGUGGCCCUUGUAUGCUACUUUCAAAUCGAUCCAGGGAAGAUUGCCCGCAUUUUUGUAAAAUUUUAUAUAGGUUGGACUGGUGGAGUUUUAAGUGCUUAACUCAAUUUUUCCUUUUUUCUUUUUUUUUUUGCUUUACUAAGCUGUUUUGCUGUGUGAAGUAAUACGUUUUUUUUUUGGCAAUUCUGUAUUAUACAAGUUGACCCCUCUCUCUCUC